AUGCCUGGUGAAGAGAAUUCACCAGAUGAAGAUGGCCCGAAAUAUAAAAUCUCCAGCUUUCUUUUUGGGAACGUUAACAAGGAAGGACAAAUCGAGGAAUAUCAACAUGAUGUUGAAUUGAAAUCUAUCAAUAACUUAGACCGAUGCCACGUGAGAGAAGUGGAAGAAGCUGCUUCAGACGUGCUUUCUGACAGUAGUGUUAUACCUUCAGUAUCACCAGAGGGUGGUGGUGUUCAGCCUAUUAACAAUAUAAGCUCAAUAGACUACUAUAACGAAGAAGAAACGUUGGCAGAAGAAAUUGUAGAGAAGGUCUUAUACGACAUGAAGCCUGAAAAAAUUGAAGAGGAUGAUUAUGAUUUAAUCGACUCAGAACCAGAACGGAGUUUGACGCCCAAAAUGGAUUUGGAUUUGAGGUUACUCCAUAAAGAGGGAUAUGCUUCGCCAGGAAGUGGGACUAUUGAGUCAGUCCCAGAGGAAUCGUCCCUAAGUGAAAUUAAUGUAAUAGGACUUGACAGCCAGCUUAAAAGAGAGGACACAUCAUCACCACGUACUGAGUCAGUUUCUCCGAGCAAACCAAUAAGUUAUGCUCAAAUCAGUGUCUCCGAAGAUACAACUCUUAUUAUGCCUCCUCCAUUACAUCCGGCACCGCUUUCAAUCUCUCGUUCAAAUCAAAUUAAGCCCGUUUAUUCACGAAGUUCUGAUUCGCCAAUCACUAGUCCAGUAACCAUCGGUUGUAACUUAGAAUCAGUUAAAAGUUCAGGGUACGCCACUACUGCUCCACAUCAUCAAGACAAUGCUUUAAAUACUCCCCUGGGUAGUCUUAUGCCUCCAGAAUACAUGAAUGUAGAUAUAAAAGAACUUUUCCCUUCAUAUGAUCCAGGAAAAACACCCUUGUGGGGACGUUUAUUUAAAUUACCGCACCAGCUAGGAGUUUAUCAUGAGUUUAUUGAGCACUAUGACUAUAUGGAAGAGAUUCUGUCACAAAGACCAUCACGAAGUGAUCGAUUGCAUCUUUUAUAUGAUGGAUUUUUGGAUCUUGGAGAAAUUCCUUUACCCGAAGAAAUCAAUUGUCAUGAUGAAGUAGUGGAGUUGAAUACUCCACCAAUCCCAGGUUUAGAUUAUUUAGCUGGCAGUGAACAUUCAUGGUGGCGUAGAGCUUUUAGAAAUGCACUUGACGAAUUAAUGAAUCCUAAAAAAGCUGAAGCCUAUGAACAAGCUGGUGGUGUUGAUAAAAAAACGUCUACACAGAAACAACAACUAGAACCUGAUGAAAUUCAUAAACAUGACGAUUUAAAUGAAACACUUAACAAUGACAUAGACACUUAUUUAGGUUGGAGAUUAGGACCGGCAAAAUAUUGGUACGAUCAGUUAGGUCUACCAUUAGAUAUAAAUAUUUCUGAAUGGACAGAAUGGCGUCGACCACUAACAUCCACCACUACUACUGCCUGUAGUAUUAAUAAUAACAACGACUCCAAUUCACUCUCUCUUCAUUCCUCAACCAACUCUGAAUAUGAAGCCCAUGAUUGUGGUAAUUUAGAUACAAAUAAAUUAGUCAAUGAAACAGUAUCUGAAGUACCAACUUUUUCAACUAUUAAAAAGAAAAUAUUGAUGAAUCGUUCCACAGAGGUUAUUCAGAUCAAGUGUGCAGUAAACAAGAUCCUGAUAGUUGUCAACAGCGGUUGUCAACUGAAUCGUUAUUUCAUUCAUCUCCAGCUCUACGUAAGAAUAAUUCACGUCCUUUAUGUCUUGAUGAAAUAA